GGGAUGAGGAGGAAGCAGACGUGGAAGAGACUCUUAGCCAAAUUGGCAGGUUGGAUGAGCUGGAGGAGUCCGCCCCUGUAUCUCGAAGGCUACUGCUGGGCGACAUGGUUGUCUCUGGCAUCAUCGUGCCUGCUUUGAUCAUCGUGGUCUUGGCACAGACGGGCGUCUAUACACCCCAGUGGACACUGCUCUGGGACACCACGGAUACCGGUUCAAGCAAAGCGAUACUGUCCCACGGGGCUGUAUUGACAACUUGUUGGGUGACCGCAGCACUCGCUACCGGUGCCUAUGGCAUCGACUCUGUGAGAAGGACCGAUCUGGCCAAAUUCCUGAAGAGUAUUUGGAAAACCACGGCAGCGACCGCCUUCCUCCUAGCUCUGUGCGCAGUCUUGCCUCUUCUCCUUUCUGGUUCAAGUGGCAGCAACAUGACGGACUUCGAUGCUGCUAGAAGGUUUCAAAAGACGUUUUUUGACCUCUUGUGUGACGUGGAGCUCUCAGCAGUAUGUCUCACAACCUGGCGCCUGUACUAUGGAGCAACGGAUGCAACGGACUGGUUUGUUUUCUCGUCACAGAGAUGGCCGAUGGAGGCCAACAUCCCGCCCUUGGCCCUGAGCCCCCUGGGCUGGUACAGGCCCAGGCCCCUGGAGCCGCCCGAUGCCGUCGAAGCGGCUGCCCGACUUCAUUUUGCAGGCCUUCAAACAGUGCUUCUCCGGCACGGCCUGAACUUGGAGCAAUACACAGCAGAUCCCUGCGCUCCACAUGGAAUGGUCCUGACGGAGCUGUUUUCUCUAGCGGACGGAUCCAACAAGCGGGACUCUGUGAUUCUGGGCCUUGUCUAUGCUUUUCUGACACUGCCUUGGGAUCGGCAGUCGGUUCCAGGAUACCUCGACUAUGUCAGCUUGAUCCGGAUGCUGGAUGAUGCUGAUGUCACAGUCAGGGCUUUGGUCUCAGUCUCGCUACGAGUUGCAGAUUUGCUGCCCUCAUGCAGGCAGAGGCUUCAGAUGCUGUUUGCUGACAUGGUCGAAGCACGCUGGCCCAAGGCCAGGGCAGUGCUGCUGGCUUUGCAGCGGGCCACGAGCCCAGGAGACACUUCCUGGCCCGGCGCAGAGAAGAAAGACUACAUCCUCAAGACCUUGGAUCCAAUCCUUGAAGAAAUGGUAAGUGAUGUGUUGGCUGAAAUGCCAAAUGUGCCGAUGGACUUCAUGAUCCAAUGGCUCAUCAAGCGAACCGGGCGAGCAGCUGAUGCAACAGAGAGGGUCUCCGUGUUUCAGAAGAACCAUAAUCUGAAGCAGGAACUGCGCUAUUUGCAGGGAUCUCUGGAAGAAGCUAGCACAGCUGCAGCCGCACCGGCCGAAGAAGAGGAAGAGGAGGAAGACGACGAUGAUGACUGUGAUGAGAUCCCGGAAUCAUUCCGCAAGUCCGAGGAGAGUAUGGGCAAGACCCGAACCUCUGUUAGUGCAGAGGCUUACGGGACAUGGAAUCAGAAGAAGGCCUUUACGCCUCCGGACCAUCCGAAGACGGAUGAGCAGAAGCAGCGCUUGAAGCAGACUCUUUCCAAAAGCUUCAUGUUUUCGAGCUUGGAGGACAAAGACAUGACAACCAUACUCGGCGCCAUGAAGGAGUGCAAGUUUGCAGCUGGACAGAAGGUCAUCAACGAGGGGGACAAUGGCGACUUCCUGUUCGUCAUCGAGAAAGGACAGCUGGAGUGCAUUAAGGCAUCCAACGGGGAAGACAAGGUUGUCAAGACAGUGAACGAGGGCGACGUCUUCGGUGAACUAGCUUUGCUCUACAACUGCCCUCGUGCGGCCUCCGUGGUUGCAAAAGACGAGUGCAUUUGCUGGGAGCUUGAUCGCGAGUCCUUCAACUACAUCGUCAAGGACGCUGCCGUGGCCCGCCGCAAUAAGUACGAUGAGUUCCUUCAGUCCGUCACCCUUCUCGCGUCACUUGAAGCCUACGAGCGUUCCCAGAUUGCCGAUGCUCUGAAGCCGGAGAAGUUCCAGAAAGGCGACUGCAUUGUCAAGCAGGAUGAUCCGGGUGACAAGUUCUACAUCGUUGAGGAAGGCACGCUCUAUGCCUUAAAGGACAUUGACGGCAGCUCAAAGCGAGUUAUGGACUACAAGGUCGGCGACUACUUCGGCGAGCUCGCACUUCUGAAGAACCAGCCACGGGCAGGCAGUGUCAUUGUGGAGAGUGAAAAUGCCAAGGUACUUUCCAUGUCCAGGCUCUCCUUCAACAAGAUGCUGGGCCCUUUGGCCGAACUUUUGUCUUCGAAGGCUGAUCUCAUCCGCAGCGUGCUGAACCUUGUGAAGGUCCAUCACGCUGGAUGGCUGUCAUCUGACAAGACCGCUCUGGAGCGGACAUUGCUCUGGACUCUUCGCUGGAUCUCAAUGACUAUGCAGGACGACAAUCUGUUGCAGCUUCUUCUAGAGGUGUCAACAUUGCUGGCGAGAACAUUGAAGGCAGAGUCUGGACACCUCGAUGCCAACCUGCACUGGGUGAUCACUUCGUGCGGAAUGAUCCGUCAGCUGGACUCUCUCAGAAAUGAGCUUGCGUUGCCCGCGAGCUUGGAGCCGAACAAGGACUCCUUGGCUCAUCUCCUGUCACCCAAAGAGUCGGAGCAGAUCCUGUAUGUGAUGAAGGCAAAGCCCGAACACGAGGCAUCCUACAACAGCCGCAUGGGUGGUAAGCUGUGCAGCGUUAUGAUGGAAGCCAGUCGAAUUUGUAGUGCAGCCAUGAUCCUGUCCAUCGGCUCGAGGAUCUGUGACCAUCCGGCGGCACGGAUGGGUUUAGCACUCUCACAGCUUGCGGAGUGCCCCAUAGGCACACGCUUGCUUUUGGCACUCUAUGCCUCAUGUAGCAGCACUCCUUGGUUGCUAAAUGCAGUUGGACUGGAUACACGAGUGACGACGACGAAGCUAUUUGCUUGCUGCCUCGCCAAUGUCCUGAAGCGCAAGCAGUUGGCUCCCGUUCUUCUGUCAGCACUGCACAGACCCCUCUACAGCGGCUCAGAUGCGCUGCUGGCUCUGACCGAGCUGCAGGCAUCCAUCUCCUUCAUGCCGUUUCUGGAGCAGGAACUUGGUUCCUUGCGGUUCUUGGUCUGGCUUCUAGUGAAUACAGGGGGCAGCAAUCUUUUCUUUCUUUUUUUGAUGAGUCUGCUUCAGAAACAGGGUAGAUAUUCUGCCGACCUGCGAAUGAACUAUGGGCUGUGGAGCAUCGGGCUCUGUGCGUUGACCCAACACGCGCUGGACCUUCCAGACAUGCGGACGAAUUUGCUUGGACUCGUAGAGGUGCCAUACAAGUGGUAUCCUUUGUCGAUUACAGUCGCGCUGUCGGUGUUCAGUGGUUCAGUACAGUGGGAAACCUUGUCAGCCGUUUCUUUCGCAUAUCUUUGGCGAGCCCUGUCUCUUGACCGGGUCUUUCUACCAUCAAGGGAGACAGCUCAGAAGCUGGAAGCCAAAGUUCGAGUUCCGGUGGCUGGGCUUGCCAGCCUUUUGGGGGGCCGUUGGGUGCCUGCUUCUCCACCGGGAUGGCGGCGAGGAAUUGAAGUGCCGAGAUCAG